GGAGACCGGGCUUGAGCGCAUGCAGGACGACAAUCUCUUCUUCGUCGACGUUCCGCCCACGGCCAGCACCUCUGCCGCACGCGACCUCCCGGGCUCGGGCUCGUCCGCCGCCGGCGACUCGGACUCGAACGACGACGCCGCCGCCGUCGCGCCCAAGCCGAAAGCGCUCGUGACGCGCAACCUGCGCCAGGCGGCGUGGCACGACCCGGCCGACGAGACGCUCCAGAUCAGCCUCCAGGGGCAGAAGCGCCUGCGCAAGCUGCGCGACUCGGCCGCCGAGGACGUCGUCAGCGGGCUCGAGUACGAGAGUCGGUUGCGGAGGCAGUUCGAGAAGCUGCACCCGCCACCGCAAUGGGCUGUCGACGCUCGGCGCAAGAUCCUCCGCCGCCGGGCCGCCGCAGCGCAGCACGGCGGCAACGCGGCGCUCGCGCUCGACUCGGACGUGUCGGACGCGUCGGACGAGGACGGCAUGGGCGAGGGCAGCGCCGACGAGCGCGACGAGGCCGACGAGCUGUUCAGCCGGGCCGUCAUCGGCGGCAAGGGCGGGAGGAAGGUCAAGGGCGGCAAGCUCGAGCCGGGCGAGAUCGACAUUGACCGGGUUCGCGACGCCAACCAGCACGAGCAGGGCUCGGGCCCCGUCGUCGAAAUCGGCUUCCACCCUCGCGCCCAGGUCCUCUUCUCGACCACGUCGGAUCGCCGCCUGCGCCUGUUCCAGGUCGACGGCACCGACAACCCGCUCCUUCAGACGCUCCACGUUCCCGAGCUCCCCAUCACCUCGGCCGCGUUCCACCCCUCGGGCUCGUCCAUCCUCCUCACCGGUUCGCGCCCCUUCUUCCUGUCGUACGACCUCCAGACGGGCCAGACGCUGCGCUCGCCGCGCGGCCUCCUUAACGCCGGCCUCGGCGGGUCCGACAAGGCCUCGACCGGCGGCGCCGGCGGCCUCGAGCGGUUCCGGUUCUCGCCCGGCGCCGGCGACGUGCUCGCGCUCGCCGGCCGGCGCGGUUACGUGCACCUCGUCGACUGGGGGUCGAGCGGCGUGUCGCGCGGCGGCCAGGUCCUCGGCGAGGUCAAGAUGAACGGCGCCGUCAAGGCGCUCGCGUGGCAGCGCGACGGCCGAGAGCUCCUCACGCUCGGCGACGACAGCGAGGUGUACGUGUGGGACGUCGGGACGCGCAAGUGCGUCGACCGGUGGAGGGACGACGGCGGGUUUGGCGCCCAGGCGCUCGAGACGAGCCGCGACGGCAAGUGGACGGCCGUUGGCAGCUCGACCGGCAUCGUCAACGUGUACGACGACGCGAGUCGGACGGCGACGAGCGAGCAGGGCGGCGAGCGCAAGGCGCGCAAGGCCGUCGAGAACCUCGUCACCGGCAUCUCGACCAUGCGGUUCAACCACGACUCGCAGCUGUUGGCGCUCGCGAGCAAGACCAACAAGGACCAGCUCAAGCUUGUCCACCUCCCGACGUGCUCAGUCUACCAGAACUGGCCCACGCAGCAGACGCCGCUGCACCACGUCACGUGCGUCGACUUCAGCAAGGGCAGCGAGUGGCUCGCCGUCGGCAACCAGCGCGGCAAGGUGCUCCUGUACGAGGUCAAGCAGUUUGCGAGGGGGACGAGGGGGAGGGUCAAGCGGUAGUCGGCGAGGGCGAGCGAGGGACGGUGCUGCAGUGCGACGGACGUUGCAUUGCGCUUCG